AUGCAUUUGAUCAAAUACAAUGUCGCAAAAGGCUACUACUGGCAGUUUGACAAAAAACCUGCUACCAAGAAAGAGGAUGAGAAGUCUGAAGAAGAAAAACCACUCCAAGCACGCAGUACACACUUUCAAAAAACACGUACUCAGAUGUUGAUGCAGAAUCUGUUUGAGAUGUUCCCUGCUGGAAAUCUGGCUAUCUCUGAUCCUCCGGAUAAAUCCGAGCCCAUGGACACCGACGUCAAGCCUGAAGUAAAUGGUGAAAAUGCUACAUCAACACAACCUGGUGAGGGAAAAGCUACAAAUCCUGAAACACCGGCAGUAAAACCAAAAUAA